CGGUCGCCCGGCUGCCGGUUAGUGCCUUACCGUCGACCGACGAAUACGUUGUGUUUACAUUUCAAAUAUCGCUUAAAAUAAACAUAAUUAUUUACAUCGAAAUAUUCUUAGAAUAAAGUUUAUGAGACUUUUAAGUGAUUAGUUUGAUGUUUAAAAGUGUAAUAAUAUUGUAUUUGUGAGUACGGCAGCCAUUUUUAAUCGGAAACGAAAUCGGUUCGUAAUGAAUGAAACUGAAUACGAACCCCUAGCCUUCACCUACAAGAACACAAAACACCUGAUACAACUUGUCCAGGCCCGCCCCUGUCUCUGGGACAGAAACGCCCCUGACUACAAGGACAGGCUGGCGAGAGACCGCGCCUGGGCGCAGAUAUUCGAGGAUCUGGCUCCGCAGUAUAAACAAGCCAAUGCUACCGCCAAACACGACCUGGGUAUAACAAUAAUGAAGAAAUGGUACAACAUCAGGGAUUCCUACGUGAAGUCUUUAAAACCGGACUACUUAGGUCGUCGAAACCGACCCUAUAUUCAUGCUGAGCUGCUCAGAUUCUUGGAUGAUUGCUAUUUGGAAAAAAUCAACACCAGCUUUCCAGCUGCACCAAAAAGGAAUCCAGAAGACUACGAUGAAAUAGAAACAGAACAACAAGAUGCAGAAGAAACAGAACCUUGGGACCAGAAAGUGUUCGUCACUCUAGAAGAAGAUCCGCCACAGAAGAGACCAAGAACAGAAUAUCCAGAAAUAGAAAAUAGAACGAACGAAGAUGAUAUAAUAGCUGUUCUUUCUAAUUUAAUACAAAGAGAAGAGGAUGAAGAUAGAUCGUUUUUCAAAUCUAUAACGCCGUCGGUUAAAAAGUUGUCUGAGAAUUCUAAAAUUGAAUUUAGAAUUGAAGUUUUGAAGUUGAUAAAGAAGUUGAGAGCGAAAGAUAACGAUGAUAGCAAGCUUGAGGAAUCGGAGAAUGAUAGUGAAAGUGAAUGAAUAAAAUGUUUUAUUAAUAUAUCU